AUGUACAAAGUAAAGGCUAUCUACGACUACUCGUCUCCCCACGAGGAUGACUUGGACUUCAAGGUCGGCCAGAUCAUCUCCGUAACCGAAGAGGAGGGCGACGAUUGGUACGUGGGCGAAUACACCGACGACAGCGGUAUCAAGCGCGAUGGUCUCUUCCCCAGGAACUUUGUCGAGCGAUAUGAGCCUGCGCCGCCUCCACGACCCAACCGAGCCUCACGACACAAGCCAAUGGAGCAGCCGCCGGCACAGGAAGCCCCUCCUAUGCCUCAGCUCUCGCCAUCAGAGCCUGAGCCGGCACCCGCGCCGCGUCAGGAGCCUGAGGCACCAAAACCUCAGCCGCCUCCAAUAGAGGUGCCGGCCGCCGCCAAAUCAACUCCGCUGCCCAUGUCGCCCAUCUCUCCACCGUCGGCGUCUAGUGCCCGAGCCCAAGAAGCCCUCCAUGGCCAGUCCGAGUCCCCCAAACCGGCACCGCCCGCGAAGAAGGUCCCACCGCCUGUCGCCUCCAAGUCCAAUGCCUUUCGGGACCGCAUUGCUGCCUUCAAUGCCCCGGCUGCUGCGCCAAUUCAGCCCUUUAAGCCUUCUGGUCCCCCAACCAACUUUAUCAAGAAGCCGUUCAUCGCUCCCCCACCAAGUCGGAAUGCAUACAUACCUCCUACGCGAGAGACUCCGCCUAUCAAGACGUACCGCCGCGAGGAAGACCCAGAAAUUGCAGCACGUCAGGCACAAGACCAGAAUGAUGCGGAGCGUGCUGGACUUGCCCAAGGCGGCCCCAAGGAUGAAGGCGAGGAGGAACAGCAGCCAAAAGUCAGCUUGAAAGAACGAAUCGCCCUCCUACAGAAGCAGCAGCAGGAACAGGCCGAGAGAGCGGCUGCCAUGCACAAAGAGAAGCCCAAGAGGCCCCCGGUGGCGAAGCGAACCCAGUCGCAAGACGCUCAAGCCGAAGACAGCGAGAAUACUGACCUUGAACGCGUUGUCAGUGGAGCGUCCAAGAGCCGGCCAUCAAUGGACCAGACCCGCCCCCCACGGUCAUCCCACGAUAUCAAAUCUCCCAACCGCGAACUUCUCAGCGAGAACGAUGCCGACCAAUCAGGUGCUGGCGAGACUGAGGAUGCUGGGGGAGAGUCCACCAGCGUCGAAGAUGAUGAGGAGCGACCAAAGAGCAGACAUCCGCCUCCGCCUCCACCCCGGGCUGCUGCCGCUCCAGCACAGGAGCCGGACGUGGGCGAUGAGCAGGACGUGGCUGAAGAAGAGGACGAGGAAGAGGACGAGAUGGACGCCGAGACAAGACGGAAGCUAGAAUUGCGGCAGCGCAUGGCAAAAAUGAGCGGCGGCAUGGGUAUGCCUGGCAUGUUUGGGGGUCCUCCAAUGGCGCCUCUUCCCCCGAAGAAAAAGAAGCCGAUACUUGACAAGAAGCCAGAAGAAACCGAAGAGUACUCUUCUCCCCAGCAGCGAAUUCCCAUGUUCGGUCUGCCUGGUAUGCCACCCGUCCGGAGUCCGGAACCAGCUGAGGACAGAACGCUUUAUGUAGAGAAGGAGGAAGAGGUACCACAACCGGUCACUGCUUCUCAUCCAGCCGAAGAGGUCCCUGAUGUAGAGGAUGUCGCAUCAUCGACAGUCCAGCCGACACCCACCAGCGAGCAACUUCCACCCGUUCCAUCAGACAGUAAGUUCCUCAUCCCUCGCAAGCCGAUCCACUCUUUUGCGCAUCCUACCCAAGACUGCCUGCAACUGCCAUUUUCCGAAACACUGUGCAAGACGUACAUAACGUACGACGCUGUGUCGGAAUAUGUCAUGACUGUAUGCGUGUCUACUCGACCUUUGCCUCCUCCCCAGGUCAAGUCUCCUGGCCCAGGAUCUGAGUCAGGCGACGAAUUGACAGAUGGUCCUGAUGUCAAAACGCCACCUGCCCCAUUCUCACCUGCAACUGCAGCAAGGCGGGCUUCGUACUUUGCUACUGGCGAGCAACCCCACGACAUGUCUGAGAGACGCGUACCACCCCUUCCAUUAGCGGACCCUGCAUCUCCACACGCAACUCGCCCUCCUCCACCCCCUCCACCGACACAGGCGCCUCCUUCUCGCCAUGGAGAACUGCCGAUAAGAAAGCUUGAUCGAACGGAGGGCGAGACUGACUACGAAGGAGACUACGACACUGAUAUUGCGCCCGAUGCUACUCAUAAGGAUGCUCUGAAAUCGCAUGCUAGGAGUUCCAGUCUCGAGGACAACGCAACAGACGAGCCAGCUUCGGCACGGUCGCCCACCAUUCCUCACGGUAUGCCGCCCCUACCUCCCACAGGGCCGCGAGCUGUACCACCACCACCCCCAGUGCCCAGCCGAACAUCGACAGAUGUUCCCCGUGGUGUACCUCCUCCCCCACCUGGGCCGCCACCUGCUCGCAGUAUGCCAGUAGAUGAGGAUGAUGACGACUAUGAUCCUUUCCGAUAUGUCGGUCCCCCAGGUGCAGCACCUGCAGCACCUAGGGCAGUACCGCCGCCACCCCAAAGUCAGCCUGCACCUCCGCAGAAUCGGCCACCUCCGCCUCUACCCCCAUCAAUACCUCCUUUGCCGUCAAGGGAACCACCUCAGUCGGACGAUGAAGACGAUUUGUACUCGUCUCCGCCACGGAAGUCACAUGAUAAGCCACCUCCUCCACCUCAGGCUCCGCCGCAUCAGCAUGCACCCCCACCUCCUCCACAUCUGAAUGUGCCGCCCCCUCCGCCUCAAGAGAAGGCAGCCCCACCACGACCACAAGAGCGUCCUGUUUCAAUGAUGCCGACAAUGGAGCAGCAGAAUCGGGUGCUCUCGAACCGGAAGUCUCUUGACGUAAGUGCUAUGAUGGGCCGGGGGUCCAUGGACCAGCUCCGUCCAGCUUCAAAUCAAGACUUCAUCGCAAGUGAUAUCGACCUGGGAAUGGGGUCUCAUUGGUGGACGCAGCCAAAUCUACUCCCGCCGUCAUUGCAAGGCCGCAAGGACGUACUUGUCGACAUGAAGGAGUCACAGACUGGCAACACGAUAGAGAAGAUCAUCAAGGUUCUCUAUCUCGACUAUUCGCAAACGGUCAUAUCAGCUCGUUUUGAGGCGAACAAUGUCUCUGAUGUAGAGUUUGAACAACGCAACGAUCCGCCGCCUGCUCGUCAGCGUCCCGAUCAGCUUGAGAGCGCCUACGAACAAUUUGGUCGUCAGAUCGCCAAGGCAAUCGAGUCGAAGCAAAACACUGUAGUCGGUAACGGCACACCACACGGUCUCAUUGAAGAACUUCUCAAGCCUCUCUUUGACGCAUUACCCCCAGUCUCAACUCGCUCAUUCGGCGCCCUCGUCUACGCAAACCUAGCAAAUGCAUCAACUCAAUCUUACGACGAGAUCCGCCCCGGUGACAUCAUCACCUUCCGUAAUGCCAAGUUCCAAGGCAAGACCGGUCCCAUGCAUGCCCGAUACGCCGUGGAUGUCGGCAAGCCCGACCACGUUGGUGUCGUCGUCGAAUGGGACGGCAGCAAGAAGAAGGUACGUGCCUGGGAACAAGGCCGCGAGCACAAGAAGGUCAAGCCUGAGAGCUUCAAGAUGGGUGAUUUACGAUCUGGCGAGGUACGUGUGUGGCGUGUCAUGAGUAAGAGCUGGGUUGGCUGGAAUUGA